AUGGCACUCUCAUCAAUAGGCCAUCUCCUUUCCUUCACCAUCACACUCUACUUCAUAUCAAGACUUCCUAAUCUACAACAACUCAAGACUAAAUUCAUUGCAAUUCAGAACUACUGUACAGGAACUAACCUAGCUACAAUGGCGUCUUCUAACCAAACUGUGCCAAAGUUGUCGGAGGACCUCUUGCUGAUGAUUGCUGCGCAGCUCACAGACCCAGGUGACUACUAUCGUCUCGCUCGCACGAGCAAGACCAUGAUGAACAAGAUGGACCUACCUCGCAUGGUCUUAGUCCUUGAAGCCAAGGCGCUCCGCGAUUACAUCUUGCCACACCCUAGGGGACUACAUAGGAGACUUCAAUUACUUACCUAUCCACAUAGAUCCGUCAUGGACUGGGCACUUCGCGAGGGGCGACCUAUGAACAUUCUAUGGAACAUCAUCCAGAACUAUCUCGCAUACGCCCCCGACGUAAUUUAUGGAAACGAGGAACUGGGGCUUCGGCCAGCAUGGACUUACUGCAUUAGAUACAACAACUGGGAGGCUUUGCAUUUGUUUAAGAAAUACGGUCUCACGCCAUUAGACGCCGAUCCCGCUCAAGUUAUGGUAUCUUAA